AUGCGGAGGCGGUUACGGUUUGUGUGUGUGUGUGCGUGCGUAAAGCGGUACGAAGAGAUGGUGGUUGCUUUUCAGCACGCUCAAGAUCGAGGGUUCGACCCCUCCUCCGAUAUUUGA